ACCGUCGAAGUCUCCCAAAGAAAAGAAGGACCCCACCUCACAGCCUGAGAAACCGAAGAGAAGAAAGAAGAUCAAAAUGAAAUUGCCUUUGACUUUCUAUAAUAAGAAGGACGAAACUUACUUUUGUGGAUAGCUUAGAUCCAAAUGUACGUUGGAACAGCCCCUGUCGAGGAGCCAUUCCAAGUUGCUUUCUUAACGUCUUGCUUGGGAGGGGAAGCUAAAGAAUGGGUACUGGCGGAAGCUAAUGCCGCCGGAUUUGAAGAUAUUGGUGAGUGGGCUGGUACUUUGACCUUGAAGCAGUUCCUUGCAAAGAUCAAGGAACGUUUCUUGGACAAGACCACAACCGAUAACGCCUUUGACCAGCUAACCACCAUUGGUCAAAAACAUUGGACCUCAGUUGAGUCGUUGUCACGGGAAGUCGAUCGGUUGCUGCAAGUUCCAGGAUUGAACCUGCAAGACAACCAAAUCCUGUAUAUUUACUCCCGUGCUCUGCCCGAGCCUAUUCGAGGACAGCUCGUGGCAGAGUCCAAAUCAGGUUAUGGCAAGCGAGUGAUCUGGCGUCAAAAACGUCAGGACCACACCCUCGUCGUCUUCGACGAUGAUACAGUAGAUAAGUGGCCAGUAGAGGCCGAGGCUGUGGGAUGCAACAGCGAUUUCGGGAAGGGGGAAGUCACUGCUGCCAUGGUCAACAAGGGAGGACCACGACCGCCAGGUGAGAAGAAGAAACCACGCUCCUUUCCCGAGCAUCCCGACAUUGCGGUAGGGAAGCCUUGGGAGAAAAUGGGGAUGACCCAGGACUUGUGACAGGAAAAAAUGAAUAAUGCGCAGUGUC